AACGAGGUGAUCCUCUUGAUAGGUCAGACGCCCCUUGCUGAAGAUGCGCAGUCUGCCAAUCGCUCUGCCCCGAAACGAUAUGCCACGGUCGAUCCGCUGAUAAGCACUUGCUUGGCGGCUUGAGCUGCAGAGCCAGCGUGCACGAUGCGUCCUCUCAACGAGGCUUAUCAUGCUGCACUACCUGGAUUAUAUAGCAGGCAGAUUGUCAGUCCUGGUCUGCUUUGGGUUCUCCACGCACAGAUAUUACUCCUGGCACCAUGUCUGAGACGCCCAAAGAUGUCUUCGGCCAAGGGGCUGAGGAAGACCUCACGCUUGAGCACUUGGGGUACCAGCAAGAAUUCAAGCGAUCGUUUGGCCUCCUGGACAUGAUAGGCUUCAGUUUCAGUAUCGUGACCUGCUGGAGCGCACUGAGCGGCGUAUUCAUCGUUGGAGUGGAUGCUGGUGGCCCACCAGUGAUGCUCUUCGGAUGGAUUGGCGUGUGUGCUCUUACCUUUGCGGUUGCCCUGUCCAUGGCGGAAUGGUGCUCACGAUGGCCCGUAGCUGGAGGGCAGUAUUCGUGGGUGUUUCUGCUGGCGCCACCAAAAAUCGCUCGACAGAUGUCGUACAUUACUGGAUGGUUCAUGUUAAUGGGUAUCCUUGCCAUGGGCUCUGCGAACAACUCGUUCGCCGCGAAUUUCAUCCUCGGACAAGCAAAUCUGGUAAAUCCUGAGUACGUGGUUGAGCGUUGGCAUACCGUCCUGGUUACUUACGCAGUCGCGAUCUGGGCUCUCAUGAUCAAUCUGUUUAUGCCUCACCUGCUCAACCGUCUAUCCCGGGCGAUCCUACUAUGGAAUGUUUGCUCGUUCGUCAUUAUAGUCAUAGUUCUGCUGGCAACAAAAAAGGAUAAGCAAGAUGCGGCGUUCGUGUUCCAGGACUUCCAAAACACGACCGGUUUUGGAUCCGCGAUGGCAACGAUGGUCGGAAUCCUACAGAGCUUCUUUGGCAUGUGUUGUUACGAUACGCCAAGCCACAUGACAGAAGAGAUGACACACGCCUCUCGAGACGCGCCCAAGGCCAUGAUCAUGUCCGUGGGCAUGGGAGCUGUGACGGGUUUUGUUUUCCUGUUGGCACUCUGCUUCUGCAUUGGCGACAUAACCUCCACUGCAAACUCCAGCACAGGGGUUCCCGUGAUCCAAAUCUUCUACGAUUCGACCCAGAGCAAGGUGGGCGCUUGUUUCAUGGCCAGUAUGAUGACUGUGAUUAUGAUAGUUUCUGGGGUGAGUCUUGUUGCGGAAGGAUCUCGAGCACUGUUUGCAUUUGCGCGAGACCGGGGGAUGCCGUUCUCUGGGGUUCUGUCUCACGUGGAGAAGAGAAAGAAGAUUCCAAUCUAUGCGAUCUUGUUCACUGUCGUGGUCCAGAUGGCGUUCAACUCCAUCUACUUUGGUACCGUCACUGGGUUCAAUACGGUCGUGUCUAUUGCGACCACUGGAUUCUAUGUCUCGUACGGGCUGGUCCUUCUUGCUCGACUACUGGGAUACUUCUUUGGCCAUGACAUCGCGCCAGUCGACAGUCCUUACUCCCUCCCGUUGCCGAUAUCGCUCGGCCUGCAUGGUCUGGGCUUUCUGUUCCUGUUCUUUGCGUUCAUCACCUUCAAUUUCCCAUCGGAUGCCCCGGUCACCCCGGAUUCAAUGAACUACACGAGUGCAGCAAUUGGGUUGGUCGCGUUGCUGAGCAUCUUUACGUGGUUCACCACCGCCCGAAAGCAAUUCAAGGGCCCGAGUGAUGUCCAAGGCUUAGUUUUAGAUGGAGUUGAACAUCCAGGAGUAGGGGAAGCGAGCGCGGGGUUGUCUGAGAAAGGAAACCUAAGUUCUUGAGCGCUGUAGUUGGCUUGUCCUAGUGCCAUUCAGACUUCUGUAUC